UCGAACCAAACUGCCCCAAAAAGACCGCAGCCGCCCAUGGUAUCGAACUUUCUCGGACCCCCGACGCCACACCGCGCGUAGGCGGGUUCCUCAACUGCUCCAUAUUUCAUUCAAAAUUAAAAAAAAAAGAAGCACGCGUAGAUCCAACCUAUUAAUUCUUGGUUCCUAUCGUGACACCGCCAAAGCCUCUCCAGAAACUUUCCCAAGAAACUAAAGCGAGGAGGAGGACAAGAAGAAGAAUGGAAGACGGGCGUGCGAGCAGGCUUAACCGACGGGUGGCGGGGACGCUGGGGCGGCACCUGGCCCGGCGGCUGGUCCAGAUCGGAGUCCGGGACGUGUUCUCGGUGCCGGGAGACUUUAAUCUGACCCUCCUGGACCACCUGAUCGCCGAGCCGGAGCUCAAUCUGGUGGGGUGCUGCAACGAGCUCAACGCCGGCUACGCGGCAGAUGGCUACGCCCGGGCCCGCGGCGUGGGCGCCUGCGUCGUGACCUUCACCGUGGGUGGGCUCAGCGUUAUCAACGCCAUCGCCGGCUCCUACAGCGAGAAUCUUCCCAUCAUUUGUAUAGUCGGCGGUCCGAAUUCCAACGACUACGGCACCAACCGCAUCCUCCACCACACCAUCGGCCUUCCCGAUUUCUCUCAGGAGCUCCGCUGCUUCCAGACCGUCACUUGCUACCAGGCUGUGGUGAAUAAUUUGGAUGAUGCGCAUGAACUGAUCGACACGGCUAUCUCGACGGCGCUCAAGGAGUGCAAGCCGGUUUACAUCAGCGUUAGCUGCAACCUGCCGGCGAUUCCGCACCCGACUUUUGCUCCGGAGCCGGUGCCAUAUUUUCUUGCACCUCACAUGAGCAACCAAAUGGUACUAGAGGCUGCAGUGGAGGAAACAGCAGAAUUUCUGAACAAGGCUGUGAAGCCGGUUUUAGUUGCAGGGCCCAAAUUGAGGGUAGCCAAGGCUCAGAAAGCUUUUGUUGAAGCAGCCAAUGCAUGUGGGUACCCAAUAGCUAUUAUGCCAUCUGCCAAGGGGCUAGUGCCAGAGCACCACUCCCAUUUCAUUGGGACCUACUGGGGUGCAGUUAGCACCAAUUUCUGUGGUGAGAUUGUGGAAUCAGCUGAUGCAUAUGUCUUUGUUGGCCCAAUCUUUAAUGAUUACAGCUCUGUGGGUUAUUCUUUGCUGAUCAAGAAAGAGAAAGCAGUAUUUGUACAGCCCAAUCGAGUGACUGUUGGUAAUGGGCCUUCCUUUGGUUGGGUUUUCAUGGCUGACUUCUUAACUGCACUUGGACAGAAGCUCAGGAAGAAUACCACAGCCUUGGAAAAUUAUCGACGGAUCUUUGUACCACCCUGCCUUCCCCUCAAACGUGAGAACAAUGAGCCUUUGAGGGUCAACAUCCUUUUUAAGCAUAUCCAGGAUAUGCUGAGUGGAGACACAGCAGUUAUUGCAGAGACUGGUGACUCUUGGUUCAACUGUCAAAAGCUUCGGUUGCCAGAGAAUUGUGGAUAUGAGUUCCAGAUGCAGUAUGGGUCUAUUGGAUGGUCAGUUGGUGCCACUCUUGGAUAUGCACAAGCUGCCAAGAAUAAACGUGUAAUUGCUUGCAUAGGAGAUGGGAGCUUCCAGGUGACAGCACAGGAUAUUUCCACAAUGAUCCGUUGUGGGCAGCGAAGCAUCAUAUUUCUCAUCAAUAAUGGUGGCUACACCAUUGAAGUAGAGAUCCAUGAUGGUCCUUACAAUGUGAUCAAGAAUUGGAAUUAUACUGGAUUUGUUGACGCUAUUAACAAUGGCGAAGGCGGAUGUUGGACUUCUAAGGUGCGCACAGAGGAAGAACUGGAAGAUGCCAUUUCAAAGGCCACCGGGGAGCAAAAGGAUAGCUUGUGCUUUAUUGAGGUCAUGGUGCAUAAAGAUGAUACAAGCAAGGAGCUCCUGGAGUGGGGAUCAAGAGUCUCGACAGCCAACAGCCGCCCUCCAAAUCCGCAAUAGCUUGUCGAGAUCAUGACAAAAUCUGGUUACACGUAAUUGCUCAUGGGGAAAAGAAUGUUUGUGUCAGAACCUCCAAGUAGAGGGGCCAAUGCGGCACUACGGCGAAUAAGUAGUUCUGUUCACCGCUAUUGUAACGUAGAAAAUCAGUUUGUGUUGGGGUGCCCUGUAAUAAGCCUUAAGCAAUAUUUGUGAUGUUGCCUAAGUGCAAGCUGCUGUGUUAAUUGCACCAUGGACGUACACUGGCUGGUCUAACAAAUGAUUAAUACGGAAUAGUAGCAGACGUAUCUUCAGAUGGCUGGAUACUCCAAACAA